ACGUUCACCUGCAACAUGUGAGGUUAAGCUGUUCGUCAAUUGUUGAAUUUUCAGUUUCUUUAAUUUUAUUAUCAUAACUAUUAUUUUUAAUAUGAAAUAAUUUUAUUUAUGUUAAUGAGGAGUGUGCUUUUAUGAAUCAUAUUUUAUAAAAAUCAUUUUUAACUGCAUAACUUGAUUGUUCUUAUAUUAUUGUUAUUUUAAUUUUUUGUUUUAUAAUAUAAUUUGAAAAAAUAAACAAUAUGACUAAAUCUAUUGUGGUACAAGAAGACUUAAAAGAGAACUUAAAUGGAAACAAUGAACUAAUAACUGAAAAAGACAAAGAAAAGGCUCUGAAAAAAAAUAGCACAAAUUCGAUACAACCGACUAUCUCAAGCAUGUUCAAACGUAAACGAAAGGCUUCAGAAGACAAUGAUGUUAAACCAUUAUCUGAUAAAAGUAAUGAAAAUCAGAGUCUUAUUGAACCAGAAUCUAAAGAUACAAACGAUGAAGGUCUUAUGAAGAAAAUUAAGAUGUCCGAAACGGUGCGAUGUAAAGACUGCUAUCAAAUAGAUGGUCAUAGCAACGUUUCAUACUAUGAAGGCCAUCCUGUUGGAGCUCUGUCAGAAUUAGAAGCAAUGUUUCACAAAAAUGUUGCACUGAUUGAAGGGCAUGAGUUGGAACGAGCACAGUUUAAACUAACAGAAUUUUCAGUAUUUUGUAAAUCUAGUCAUAUGUGUUCUUUUGAUACAGGUUUAAUUGAAAAGAAUGUCAAACUUUACUUUUCGGGAUAUAUGAAAUGUAUUAUUGAUGAAAGUACUGGUAUAGAUUCAGCUGUACCAAUGUACAGCGAAGCUCCUAUUGUGGAAUGGUGGAUUUCUGGAUAUGAUGGGACACAGCAUAGUGUUGUAGGCUUCUCCACAGAAUACGCUGAAUAUUAUUUAAUGAAACCUAGCAAAAAAUAUGCCAAUAUAAUGCAGUCGACUUAUGAAAAAGCUGCUAUGUCGAAAGCUUUUAUAGAAUAUUUGUUGGAUAAUUGUGAAACUGACCCAUCCUAUGAGGACAUGCUGGCACAUUUGCAAGCAUGUGUACCUCCACAAGGUUUUGAUCCUUAUACUGAAGAAUCUAUUUUGAGACAUGCACAAUUUAUUUGUGACCAGAUUGCAUCCAUUGACUCCUGUGAACCUGAAGAAACACCUUUAAUAACUUUACGGUGUAUAAGAACACUUAUUAAUCUGGUAGGAAUAAAAUUCACAAAAUCAGCUACAAAAAAGUCUGAUAAGUCAGCACUGAAAAGAAAGAGGGUUUUUACUAAAGCUACAACUACUGCUAUAGUACAGGAGAUAUUUGAGUCAUUUUUCCCUGAACAAUUGGAUGGGGAAAACAAAUCAUUAACAUUGCGACGCAAACGAUGCGGUGUUUGUGAUAAUUGUCAAAAGCCAGAUUGUGGACAAUGUACAGCUUGUUUAGCCAUGGUUAAAUUUGGAGGUAGUGGAAGGACCAAGAAGGCUUGCCAUCAUAGAAUUUGUCCUAACAUGGCCGUACAGGAAGCUGAAGAGUCAGAUCCUGAAGAUGAGGAAGAUUAUAAUGAAAAAGUGGAAGCAAAGUCCAUUUUAGAGAAAAAGAAAGACACUGUUGAUAUGUCUUUCAUUUCUGUACCAGGAAAUAAUAAAGCUUCAUGGCUAGGAGAGUAUCGGACUGAGGGCUCUUAUAAAUAUUAUAAUUCCUGUCAGAUUUCUGAAAAUGUUUACCAAAACGGCGAUUUUGUUAUGCUAGAACAUAAAGAUUCAUCAGAAACCAUAGCUCAGAUAAUGUACUUUUAUGAAAAAUCUGGUUCAAAAAUGUUUCAUGUUCAAUUUUACGCUCGAGGAUCAGAAACUAUAUUAGGAAGUAUAAGCCAUUCGAAAGAGCUUUUUAUAUUAAAUUCAUGCCAAUCGCUUAAGCUUGAUGUUAUUCGUAAGAAGGUAAUUGUGGAUCAUAAAGUGCCGCCCAAAAAUUGGGCUAUGUUGGGGGGUUUCAAAGAUGAAGAUGAUGUGGAUUAUGAUGACUCAAUGUUUUUCUUCCAAAAGAGAUAUGACGAUAAAACUGCUCGCUUUGAGGAUCCUGAUAUUUUGAUAAAUGAAUUUAAAAUUGAUGCAGAAAUGGACUUUUGUCCAAGUUGCAAUUUUAAUAAAAUUCAAGAAGGCUAUCUUAUGCCUCAUUUAACUGAAUCAAAAGAUGCAGUAUUGUGGAGAGGAUUGAUAUUUUCUGUUGGUGAUGCCAUUUUAUUAAAUUCAGAUAAAUAUGAUUUGAAAAAUUAUAAUGAAGAAACACAACUUAAGGCGAUUAAACUUGAAAAUGUUGAUGAUUCUGAAUAUCCUGAAUAUUAUAGGAAGGCAGAUAACAACAUGAGAGGCUCUAAUGUAUUUACAGCUCAACCAUUUGGUCUAGCUUAUAUUUCAGAAAUAUAUACUAAACAUAAGGGCUCAGAAGCAUCAGAUAUUUAUAUGAAAGUUUAUCGUUUAUAUCGUCCAGAAAACAUUCCUAAUAUUAAGCAUAGUAUGCUUGAUUUAAAUUUAGUUUAUUGGUCUGAUGAGAUGAUAAGUAUAAAUUUCUUGGAAAAUGUAGCAGGCAAAUGUUAUUUAUUAUAUGCUGGUGCUACAGAUAUAGAUAUAGAUGAGUGGACUGCAAAAGGUCCUUACAGAUUUUAUUUCAAAGACAUUUACGAUUAUAAAGAGAAAAAAAUCAAGCCAGUUACUGGAGGACUUCCUGCCAGCAUUGGAAGCUCUGGCAAAGGCAAGGGCGGUAAAGGCGGGAAGGGCAGUAGUAAAUUCAAGAGUUCAGUAACAGAGAAAAAACCAAACACGCAACCUAUGCCAGAAUAUGUAGAAGUUUGUACACCACUGAGAACUUUGGAUGUAUUUGCUGGCUGUGGAGGCUUAUCUGAAGGUUUACAUCAAUCAGGAAUAUCGAAAUCAGAAUGGGCAAUUGAAUUUGAUAGAUCUGCUGCAUCUGCUUAUAAACUAAAUAAUCCAGACACAGUUGUACUAAAUGAAGACUGCAAUUAUAUUUUAAGAGAUGCUAUGGAUGGUAUAACCCAUACAAAAUCAAACCAGCCUAUACCUUUAAGAGGUGAAGUAGAGUUGCUUUGCGGUGGACCACCUUGCCAAGGUUUCUCCGGAAUGAAUAGAUUCAAUAAAUUGGAAUAUUCAUUAUUCAAAAACUCACUUGUAGCUACAUAUCUUUCAUAUUGUGACUUCUACAGGCCAAAAUUCUUCAUUCUGGAGAAUGUACGCAAUUUUGUGGCCUUCAAAGGAGGUAUGGUUUUGAAACUAACUUUACGGUGUUUAAUUGCAAUGGGUUAUCAAUGCACUUUUGGAAUUUUACAAGCUGGAAAUUAUGGUGUUCCACAGACAAGAAGAAGACUUAUAAUUUUGGCCGCUGCACCUGGAGAAAAACUACCGACAUAUCCAGAACCAAGUCAUGUAUUCAAUAGGAGAGCUUGCACAUUGUCUGUUCAAAUCGAUGGCAAAAAGUAUUCCAAUAACAUAUUCUGGGAAGAUCAAGCACCUUACAGAACAAUCACUAUUAGAGAUGCUAUGUCAGAUUUACCACCUAUAUCCAGUGGAAAUAACACCAUUGAACAAGAUUAUGAUAACAUUCCCCAGAGCCAUUUCCAACGUAUGAUGAGAUUUGAUGGUAAAGAAGUUCUUACAGAACAUGUAGCAAAAGAUCAAUCAGCUUUGGUCCAAGCACGAAUUUCAUUAAUCCCUACACAUGUAGGAGCUGAUUGGAGGGAUCUUCCCAAUCGAAUCAUGAAAUUAUUGGAUGGAAAAAUGUGUGAUUUAUUGCGCUAUAGUUAUGAUGAUCGGAAAAAUGGAAGGAGUCCGUCUGGUUUAAAACGUGGUGUUUGUGCUUGUGCUUCUAAAAGGCCUUGCAAUUCUUAUGAUAGACAAUUUAACACUCUCAUUCCAUGGUGUCUACCUCAUACAGCUAAUAGGCAUAAUAAUUGGGCUGGACUUUAUGGUCGUUUGGAUUGGAAUGGUUACUUUGGAACAACCAUCACUAAUCCUGAACCUAUGGGAAAACAAGGAAGAGUCUUGCAUCCUGAGCAACACAGAGUAGUUAGUGUCCGUGAAUGUGCAAGGUCUCAAGGAUUUCCUGAUUGCUACAAAUUUUAUGGUCAUAUUGUUGAUAAACAUAGACAAGUUGGAAAUGCAGUACCACCACCAUUAGCUCGUGCAAUUGGCAUGGAGAUACGCAAAUGUUUAGUAACAAAAUCAUAGUAACAUAACUGCUGCAAAUGCAAUUGUUUGUGAUAUAUGCAUUUAUUGAAAUUUAUGAAUUUAUGAAGACUAUUUAU